AUGAGAGUGAACGAGAGCGAGCUGAACAGCUCCGUCCUCCCGCGGGACCCGCCGGCCGAGGGCGCCCCGCGCCGCCAGCCCUGGGUGACCUCCACUUUGGCCGCCAUCCUCAUCUUCACCAUCGCGGUGGACCUGCUGGGCAACCUCUUGGUCAUCCUCUCCGUCUACCGCAACAAGAAGCUGCGAAACGCGGGAAAUGUGUUUGUUGUAAGCCUGGCAGUUGCAGACUUGAUAGUAGCUAUCUACCCUUAUCCACUGGUCCUCACAUCUGUGUUUCACAACGGAUGGAAACUGGGAUACCUACACUGCCAGAUUAGUGGCUUCUUGAUGGGCCUAAGUGUCAUUGGAUCAAUCUUCAAUAUUACAGGCAUCGCUAUCAAUCGGUACUGCUAUAUCUGCCACAGCCUCAAAUAUGACAAGCUGUACAGCGACAGGAAUUCACUGUGCUAUAUUGUCCUCAUUUGGGUCCUAACAUUUGUCGCUAUUGUGCCCAACCUGUUUGUGGGAUCGCUGCAGUAUGACCCCAGGAUUUACUCCUGUACAUUUGCACAGUCUGUGAGCUCAGCAUAUACCAUAGCAGUUGUGUUUUUCCACUUCCUGCUCCCCAUAGCCGUGGUCACUUUCUGUUACUUGCGAAUAUGGAUCCUCGUUAUCCAGGUAAGGCGAAGGGUUAAACCGGAUAACAACCCGAGGCUGAAACCACAUGACUUCAGAAACUUUGUAACCAUGUUUGUGGUGUUUGUACUGUUUGCAGUCUGCUGGGCUCCUUUGAACUUUAUAGGCAUUGCAGUGGCUGUCAACCCAAAAACUGUAAUCCCUAGGAUUCCAGAGUGGUUGUUUGUGUCUAGUUAUUACAUGGCAUAUUUCAACAGCUGCCUUAAUGCUAUAGUAUAUGGACUCCUGAACCAGAACUUCAGAAGAGAAUACAAGAGAAUUAUUGUCACUUUUUGUACAGCAAAAGUUUUUUUCCAGGAUAGUUCUAAUGAUGCAGGAGACAGAAUGAGAAGCAAACCUUCUCCACUGAUUACAAACAACAAUCAAGUGAAGGUGGACUCUGUGUGA